AUGUAUAAUACGGCCCCAGAUACCCCGUCCCCAGUCUAUCCGGACAGGCUGAUUCGUCCCCUUCCCAAACGUACCCUGCGCUCGCGCUUGUCCUCCGAUGCGGCCGAUACAAUCCUCUAUCCUCCGACCCCCCCGGCAGCGCAGCUCUUCUAUGGAGGCGGUGCGGACAGCAGGGAAGCCGUGAAUGAAUCCAAGAUAUACGUGCAACAGAGUGACGGCCCGGCACCGACACUCGAGCGGGAACCUCAGCUGCUGUAUGAGAACGGGGUCGACUUGGAGAGCGGGGACGAGGAUGUUCCAGUGGUGGUUCGUCGCAGUGCCGGCUUCCGCGGGUCGUCCUUGUCGCCGACUGCACCACCCCAUCCGCUCCCCAGCAACGGGGAAGGGCCACCGACCAAGACACCUUCGGCAGGUCCCGACGGGUACGAUGCCUUCGAGAACACUAACAACAAGAAGAAACGCAAGAUCCCCACCCCGGGCAGCCUAGGGAGUAGUCAUCACUCCACCCUCUCACCUGAAUUCUCCAACAUGGGCCUGGCCACCUCUGUCCAAACACCUCCCCCGCAGAUGGAUGGAAGCCACGUGAGUACCUUUUAUGGAACGGGGAGCCCGGCAUCGCCAGUCGCCAAUGCAGUCGCCAAUGGAAAUUCGGGGCCGGGACGUGGCCGUCUGGCGCGUCCGCCUCGCAACGCUCCGUCGAGGGCUCCUCAAGCGAUCGUUCACGCGCAGGCUGGCAUGAAUCAAAGUCGAGUCUCUGGUCGUCGGGACGGUCUGCUGCCCUCUUCGGGGCCAGCAGGUAUGUUGGAUAAAGGUGCUUUGGGGGAGGGCGAUCCGGCCCCGAAAUCUGAGCCGGGAAUCAUCUCCGCCGCCAUCGCCAAUGCUGCCGCUGCGGCGUUUUCGUCGCCUCCUCGCGCGGGCAACGUCAGUAUGCUCGAACAAAGGCGGCCCACCACGCCCACCAAAACCCAGUUCACCUUUACGUGCGAAUCGGACUCGUCCAAGGGGAUGGCCAUGCAGCCGCAGAACACCCAUCCAGUUCAGCAUCGCUCUCCCCGGUCUCCUAACUCUGUCACCCCCACGGCACCGAACCCGCGCGCCUUUUCCACGCAAGGAACACAGACCAGCCCGCCGGCCGCCUCGCAAAUGAAACCACCAGUCGCGGGCGCCGAACCGCCACCGGCCGGUCGGAAGAAGAAGCGUUCCCCGGGUAGCAUUUACGCCUUGGCCGCGCGACAGCGGAAGGUUCAGCAGCAGUACACCAACCUUCAGCAUCCGCCCGGCCUGGAAGACAUCUGGAUCUGCGAAUUUUGCGAGUAUGAGAGUAUAUUUGGCCGCCCUCCCGAGGCGCUGAUCCGACAGUACGAGAUCAAGGACCGCAAGGAACGCAAGCGCUUGGCGGAGAAGAAGCGACUGUUGGAGAAGGCAAAGAUGAAAGGACGCAAGAACAAGAAAGCGACGAAGAACGCUGCCAAGAAUGCACCCAGCCAACCAGCGGCAUAUGAGCCGGAGUACGACCGGAGCGCCGUAGACCAUUCAUCUACAGGACCACCGGAAGCGCACGAAGACGAUGAUUAUCCCGCCCACGACUACGAGGACGAAACCGUCGCCGAACCGCCUCCCGCACCGCCUCCCGCCACGCUCAAGUCGCCGUUGCCGCCAGGGCCGCCGCCGAAGAUGGCCUCCAGCGUCAAAGGCGCAGCCGACGGAGGGACCAAUCGACCGCCCUGA